CAGGUCUCGGGCCCUCAGGUUGGAGCGGCGGGGGCGCCGGACCCCCAGAUGGAGCGACAGGUCUCGGGCCCUCAGGCGGAGCGGCGGGCGCCGGAACCCCCAGGCGGAGCGACAGGUUCUCGGGCCCUCAGGCGGAGCGGCGGGCGCCGGGCCCCCAGGCGGAGCGACAGGUCUCGGGCCCUCUGGCGGAGCAGCGGGCGCCGGACCCCGGGCGAAGCGGCGGGCACCGAGUCACCAGGCACGACAGUGGGCUCCGAGUCAACUGGCAUGACUGCUGGCACUGGGUCAGACAUUGGAUCGUCUGGCUGGACAGCGGGCAUCGGGUCACCAGGCAUCAGGUCAUUUGGCUCGACAGCGGGCACCGCGUCAUCUGGCAAGGCAGUGGGCUCCGAGUCAACUGGUAUGACCGUGGGCACUGGGUCAGACAUUGGAUCGUCUGACUGGACAGCGGGCAUCGGGUCACCAGGCAUCAAGUCAUUUGGCUCGACAGCGAGCACCGCGUCAUCUGGCAAGGGAGUGGGCUCCGAGUCA